UGCGCGGGUUUGCUCUUGUUAUGGGUGGUUGUUAUCCGUCUGUUGUCGGCGCACAAAAUUCUAAAUAAAAGGUGUAUUCGGGAUUUUCACGUCUCUUCUUGGCUUGGAAAAUCCAAAACAUGUCCAAGCGUGAAGCGUUUUUAGAGGCCGCCUGUCAGGAAAAUGUGGAGGACUUCCUUCGCUUUAUCCAGCUUCAUAAGGACAAAGCUGAGCCUUUCGAUGUGGAGGAGGUGGUGCAGGAGAUGACCAGAGACCAGAGACGGACUCUAUGGGGUAAACUAGCUUUGCUCCUUCAGGACGUCCUGCAGGAGUUACCUCCAGCACUCUUGCAGGAAGGCAGCAAGGAGUGUAUGGAAGUGGAAGCAACUGCAGAUCCUAAACAUGUCAUGGCUGUCGUGGAUGGCGUGACACUAGUGGCUAUGGUGUCCGUAAAGGUCCUACAAGAUGGUGACACCUACAGUGCCCUUCUGGAAAUUGUCCACCGGCUUCAUGGUGUUCUGGUGUCGCUGCCUGUCUCAGAGGCACCUCUGCAGCUCCACAUCCACACGCUGUGCGAGGCCUGGUGGAAAAAGGGCCUGAAGGAGAAGGAAACGUUCGGUCGCACUGCUCUCCUCAUCUCUCUGCAGAAGAGUUUCAUUUUGAAGAAACCAGGUGUUGAGAUCCAAAGAGUCUGGAGUCUCCAUGAUGUGCUUUUGAGUGUUGACUACACAUCAGAAGACAACAAGCAGAUAAUCGACUUGUUGCUUCAGUGCUUUCAUCGUCCUAUUUACAUCAAAAACGAUGACGGAAAGCGAUUCCUGGUGUUUCUUUUUAGCUGGAACGUCAACUUCAUCUGCGUCAUUCAUGGCACCAUCAAAAACCAGCUGGAGUUUUACAGCAAGACCAUAACUACUCAUAUUACGGAGAUCUACUUCAGAGCAUGGAAGAAGGCCAGCGAGGACUUCCUGGAGAAGAUUGAGAGCUCAUGCAUUCAGGAUUUUAUGCUAAAUGCAAUCUUCCUUUAUAGAGCAUCGCCUGUCCAUGCCAAAGUCCGACAGAUCGUGGGCUAUUUCCACAAAAGGAAGGGCUGUCACAAGGUGGACAAGAUGCUCUAUGAUCUCUACAAACCCAUUCUCUGGAAAGCUUUAAGUGCUCCAAACUUUGAGGUGCGUGCAAAUGCCACUUUGCUUUUCACUGAGGCCUUCCCAGUCCAUGACCCGGAUCACAACACCAAGAAUAUAGAUGAGACCAUUCAGAAGCAGCUGGACACAGUAAUGGGCCUCCUCGAUGACCCUCAUCCCACUGUGCGCUCCAGUGCCAUACUGGGAGUGUGUAAGAUCCUGGCCAAGUGCUGGGAGCUCCUCCCUCCCACAGUCGUCGCAGACUUCCUGAAGAAGCUGGUGAUGGAGCUGGCGGCUGACACCAGCUCUCCUGAUGUCCGGUGCUCCGUCUUCAAGUGUCUGCCUAUUGUCUUGGACAACUCUCUCAGCCAUCCACUACUGGAAAAACUCCUGACUACUCUCAAAUACAGCCUUCAUGACAGCUCGGAGAAAGUCCGCACAGCUUUCCUUGACAUGCUAAUCAAGGUCAAGGCAGUUCGUGCUGCCAAGUUCUGGGACGUGUGCAACAUGGACCACCUGCUGGCCCGUCUGGCUAUCGAUUCCCAUUCGGUUUCCAAACGCAUUGUCGAUCUGCUCUUCAAGUCCUUUUUCCCCGUCAACGAGCCGGAGCGGGAGUGGUGCUGUCGGUGCAUCACCCUUAUCCAGAUGAACCCCAUGGCUGCCAGGAAGUUCUACCUGCAUGCCCACAAACACACAGCGCCCACCAACAUUGUAAAGCUGAUGUUUGCCAUUCGCCGUGUUCUGAACCGCUGCAUCCAGACUGACUGUGACCUCUCCGAGAUUAAUGACAGCAACAAGGAGAACAGCGCCCAGGCUGAACCUCUGUUUGGGAAAGAUAUGGCCGUCGUGUCUCAUCUGCUGGAAGUCGUGGUCAUCCUGUGGAGAAGCGUCGAGAAGGGCCUGAAACAAAAUAAAGAGGCCCAGGAGUAUACAUUUGCCAAGUUUGGAAAUGUCAUGUCCAAAUAUUUCCAGAGCUUUGAGGAUGAGCGAUGUACCGUUCCUCUCAUACACCUGGCUUCAUUCAUGCCUCCAGCUGCAGUGCCGACAUUCAGCUGUGGCAUCCUGUCCAGACUGAGGAGGAUGGACCCUGGAGCAGUGCCAGCCCAGUACAGCCAGCUGUUAGACUGCAUGUGCAGCUGGGGCCAGGCCACCGACAUCCUCGAACUCAUCACUGACUGGCUCACUGAGGCUCUGCCCAAGCAGGGGGACAAAGCGAAUACCACUCGAAAGGUGCGGAUCCAGGAGACGGUGGAGGCCAAACCCGACCUGGCGCUGGCUUACCUAGAGUACCUGUUCAGCCGCACUUCAACACGGGAGAAAGUCCUGGCUCUUGGUCCGAGUCCACUGAAGCAGCUCCAUACGGUUCUAGGAAACUGGAGGUCAGUGCUGUACACUUACCUCAGCUCCACCAUGGAAGAUAAAAGUCCCAGUGUGGAGACUGCACUGAAGGUCUUCAUGUACUACGGUCGUCUUGGUGCACAUCUGCAACACAAUUCCUCAGAGGGUCGAGACUACCUGCUCUCUCUGGAGCAUGUGGCAGCGUGGGUGGCCGAGAGGGUGCUGCCCUUCCUGGCCAGACGUACCAGCGACUGUGAUGGGAAGGAAUCGGAGGAGUCGCAGCCACUGGCUGCACAGAUAACUGAGAGUUUCCUGACUGUGUGCCGAGACGUUUUGCUCGUGGGUUUGGGCGACGAGAUGUUCAAGGGUCAAAUCCUCCACCUGUGCUCGCUCGCCCUCCUCUCAGAGGCAGGCUACCUGUGUAUCCCUGCAGUACUGCUGAUUUUGAAGGAGGUGACAGAUAGCUAUGUACCCGAGGACACCAACAAUCAGGUUCAGGAAAAUCAGGAAGAUGCAACCACUGUCAUUCUGGGUGUGGUGGCCAACAUCUUUCAGAAGAUUAUCGAACUCUUGGCUCGCCGUCUUAGGAAGGAACCAGAGGAGGGACAACAGCUGUGUCAGUCAGCCGUUACCGGCCUGACAGACUUCCUCCAGGUAGCACAGAACUGGGACAAAGCACCUCUCAGCGGGGUCUUCUCUACUCUUUUUGCUGCCAUCAUUGUGGAGAAGAGACAUUUGCUUCAGAAGAUUACCCAUCCUGAAGAGAUGAUCGCCCCAGAGUCAGUGGAGGACAUGCCUCCUCUGUCCAGUGUCCUACUGUCUGUCAUCCUUAAAUUACCCUCUGUUACCAGGGCAUUUUUGACAGAAGUCAUCUCGUCUUUGGACUCUGAAGCAAUCAGCAGUCUGUAUGAGCUGGCUGCCGUCCUGCAGCUCAUGGCAGUCAUCAAAGCCACGGGGCAGUCUAAAGCGGUCUUGAAGAGCGCAGCCACAUCUGUGCAGCAGCAGCUUCACAAACAUGCAGUCACAUUGGUAGACAGCAGAGACAUCCAGAGGGUUAUUUAUGAAUCUUCUGUGAAGACCGUGAAUGAAAUUCUGGAUUUCUAGGUUUACCCAUGUAAUAUCUGCUUCACAUUAUAAUUGUGUGAAGCUAAGGCGUGUUGUACAAUAUCUGCUUUGUUGUUUGAAUCACAUGUUCAAUUUCUGGAAGACAAAAAUCAUGAAAAUAAAUAUUUCACUUUCACUGAC